UCAGUAUCAUGUUUAAGUCACGUGACGACGCGGAUGUGAUAAAACUGUCAGUUGUAAUUUAAAAUAUUUAUAUUUGGUUAUGAUUUCUUGAUUAGAAUUAAAUUAAUUAAAAAUGAGUGAGUGCAAGGAUUCAGAUCCGUAUUCGUCGGAUGAUAAUAGAGAAGUACAUGAAGAUAAUAAAAAAAGGCGAUCAUCUAUUUUUCAACCUCGACCUAGUGAACAUCAUCUAGCUGCUGAUACACUGAAUGAUGAAUCAAUCGCAGAAGUAAAAGAUAAAAAAGCAGAAGAAAUAUCUUCUGAUGACGACAGCGAUUUAGAAGAGUAUGUCAAGUCAUUGAAAGCUGAGUACAAUGAAUGGAAAAAAACUCUGAAGGAGAGGAAAAAUAAACGACGAUUACUCGCCAAGCAAGAAGCAGCAGUGGGUGAUGCAGUUGAAAUUGAUUUGAAUGUUUUUACUGAAUCAGAACGUGCGUUUAUUCAAGCGCGCCCUAAUUAUGAACAAAUUUGUGAAAAAAUAAAUGAUCUUGUACCCCUGGCCGUCAAAGUUGCUCAGGAAAAUGUUGAAAUAAACCGCCUGCAUGACAACUUGGUUGAGUGUCUUGAGGAAAAAAUCCGUGAUUCAAAAAUAAAAUUAAUUGAAAAAUCUAAAGAUUCUGAUAUUAUCAGUGAUCUUUUAUGACACUGAAAUUAACCGUCUCAUAAUUUUAGGAUUUUUGAAAAACGAUAAAUUAUAAAACAAAAAAUUGCACUUAUAGUUUUUUUAAAAAAUCUAAAAAUUAAGAACUGUCUUAGCAGUUAAUUAAUAUUUAUAAUUACAUUUAUUAUUUUUAUACGGGUAAUGAGAUGUAGGUUGUAUUG